CCUGACUGGGCUGGCCAUAGCAUGCACUUCCUGCCUGAGCAGCUCACUCCAGGAAGAAGAAAUAAUGGCGACGCUCAAGGGGUCCGAAAGCCACUGUACAAGAGGAAAACAAAGACAAUGCAAAUAUAAUAUCGUGUUCAAAUUCACGGAUAGCAAAAUCACAGGCCGGACGUUCAGUCGUGGGACACAGCUCCCUGGAGGCCUCCUUCAAGAGAGAGACAAACGAGCCAAGUGGCAAGGCAUCCCGACUUUGCUGCAGAAUCUCUACGAGAGCAGUCAUCCCAACAGUGACCUCUCCGAUGCCCAUGACCUGCUUAAGACGUUGUUGUCUCAACUCUCUAUGGAGGCCAUGUCUUUUGUCACAGAAGACAGAAAGACGAUUCAGGAAUCCACCUUUCCCAACACGCACACUUUUGACCUCUUUGGUGGAGUCGAUCUGCUUGUUGAGAUCUUAAUGAGACCCACACUUACUAUGCAGAAGAAAAAGCCCAAAAUGAAUGAUGAUUUGGUGAAGGAAUGUCUUAGUGUUCUCUACAAUUGUUGUAUCUGUGCGGAUGGAGUGACCAAGAGCUUGGCAGCUCGGGAUGACUUUGUUCUCUUCCUUUUCACCCUGAUGACAAACAAGGAGACUUUUCUCCAGACUGCAACUCUGAUGGAAGACAUUCUUGGAGUUAAAAAGGAGAUGAUCCAUUUAGACAGCAUCCCCAACCUGUCAGGCCUAGUUCAGAGCUUUGACCAGCAACAGCUGGCCAACUUCUGCCGAAUCCUGUCUGUCACCAUCUCAGAACCCGAUUUGGGAAAUGACGACAAGCACACCCUGUUGGCGAAAAAUGCCCAGCAAAAACGCAAUUCAAGCCCGUCCCGUGCGGAGGUCAAUCAGGUCACCUUGCUGAACAUCCCCGAGUUUAUUGAGCGGCUGUGUAAGCUAGCUACAAGGAAGGUGUCGGAGGCCACAGGAGGAAACUUUCUGCAGGAGCUGGAGGAAUGGUACACGUGGUUAGACAACGCUCUAGUGCUGGACUCCCUCAUGCAGAUGGCGACAGAGGAGGCGGAACAAAGCAGCACAGGCAAGACGACUAAAUGCUCAUCACUGUGGUUUUUGAACAGCAGUCCAACGUUCGUCUUGUCUUCAGAGUCAUCAGACGAAAGCUCCCUAGCCACCAGCCCGCUGAGACAUCGGCUCCCCCCGUCUAUGAAGAUCGUGCAUGAGAUUAUGUACAAAGUGGAGGUGCUUUAUGUGCUGUGUGUGCUUCUCAUGGGCCGACAGAGGAACCAGGUGCAUAAGAUGCUGGCCGAGUUCCGUCUCAUACCAGGUCUCAACAAUUUGUUUGACAAGCUCAUCUGGAGGAAAUACACCGUCACCAACCACGUCGUACACGGUCAGAACGAAAAUUGCGACUGUAGCCCCGAAAUAUCUUUCAAAAUCCAGUUUUUGCGCCUUCUCCAAAGUUUCAGUGAUCAUCACGAGAACAAGUACCUCCUGUUAAACAGUCAAGAACUUAAUGAACUCAGUGCCAUAUCCAUGAAGGCCAAUAUUCCUGAGGUGGAGGCUCUGGUCAACACAGACAGAAGUCUUGUGUGUGAUGGAAAGAAGGGCCUCCUCACGCGCCUCCUCACUGUUAUGAAGAGGGAGCCUCCAGACUCUUCUUUCAGGUUCUGGCAGGCGAGAGCAGUGGAAAGUUUUCUGAGAGGAGCCACCUCUUACGCAGACCAAAUGUUCCUCCUGAAGAGAGGACUACUGGAGCACAUCCUGUUCUGCAUCAUAGACAGUGGCUGCACGUCCAGAGACGUCUUACAAAGCUAUUUUGACCUGCUCGGUGAGCUCAUGAAGUUCAACAUUGACGCCUUCAAAAGGUUCAACAAAUACGUCAACACACCUGAGAAGUUCCAGACCUUUCUGACACAGAUCAACAGUUCUUUGGUGGACUCCAACAUGUUGGUGCGCUGCAUCGUGCUGUCCUUGGACCGAUUUCAGAGCCAAACUGAAGACGUUAAAGUGGUGGAGGUCCUGUCCGAGUGCUGCCUGCUGUCCUACAUGGCCAAAGUAGAGAACAGACUCUCCUUCCUUUUCCGCCUGGUCAACAUCAUCAACGUGCAGACGCUCACACAGGAGAACGUAAGCUGUUUGAACACCAGUUUGGUCAUCCUCAUGCUGGCCCGCAGAAAGGCCAAACUUCCCUUCUACCUUAGCGCCUUGCGGGAGAAGGAGCACGCCGAGAAGUACCCCGGCUGUCUGCUCAACAACUUCCGCAAUCUCCUGCGCUUCUGGCAGUGUCACUACCUCAACAAGGACAAAGACAGCACCUGUCUGGAGAAUAGCUCCUGCAUCCCCUUCAGCUACUGGAAGGAGACGGUGUCGGUGCUUCUUGGCUCUGACAGGACUUCUCUGUGUGCGAUAGCCAGCUACAUCGACGAGCCCUUUAUGGAUCUGGACAGAGACCUGCUGGAAGAUUGACCAGCGGCGUGCGGACCGGGUGCGACGGCCUGUGACGCCGCUGCGGACUCCACUGAGCUGCGCCAUCGUGGCACCUCGUAGGUCACAUGUCCGCCGUACGCUUCUUCACACAAGAGGCCGGCGCCCGGCCUCCAUUUUGUCUCUUAAAUGGUCUGCAAAGGACGCACGCCCCUCACUAACGUGACAAUGUAUGGACCUUCUGGGAAUGACGCCUGCGUUGGUUGUUUGCUUUAGUUGGAAUCAAAAUAGAGCUUUUUUUAUAUUAAUCUUUACAAAAUUCUAUAGUGGGGAAAAAGUUCUAUUCAGCAAAAUCAACCCGCUUUGAACACGGCCUCUGCUCCCUCAGCACGCCUCCACGGCCUCACCAAGGAAAUAGACUCUUCUCAGCGAUCCUCAUUUCCUGUUUCUCCAACUAUAAAUCGGUGCUUUCUGGCUCAGAACAAUUGUUUGCUUGUUAUGUGCACACGUCCACACCUCAUCUAACAUCCUUCAUCCUGAGAACUUUUUCAUCCAUCUGUUGAAAACUGGCUUUUAGCUGUAGAAUAAAACAUUGCACACAUCAAUUUGUUUUUAUUGUUUAUUACACGUUUGUUGAUUAAACCAUCAUAAUUGUAACAGUUUGUAUGCUUUGGGAAGAGAAUAAACUAUGCAGGCACUCGA